AGACUGAUCCAUUUGGGCAAAGGUUUGCCAGACGCGUUCGCAAGCAACAGUGUCCAUCUCCCCGCAAGGAGACCAUUGCAGAACUGAAAUUGUUGAACCAUGUCAGGCACAAAGGGAAGCGUUGCGAUAAUUUCAGUGAGCGACAGAGUCUCGCAAGGCCUCGCCGAAGACCGUAGUGGCCCAUUGUUGGCAGACCAACUGUCAGGGGACGGUUGGAAUGUCCAGGAGCUUGCUACUGUUCCUGACGACAUACUUGCCAUUCAAGACGUUGUCAAGAGAUUAGCUGAUGUUGAAGGUGUGAACUUGAUUGUGACAACAGGCGGUACAGGCUUUGCACCUAGAGACGUCACACCAGAGGCCAUUAAUCCUCUGCUGGAAAAGACUGCCCCAGGAAUAGUAACAGCCAUGAUAACUACUUCGCUUGAAACUACGCCUAUGGCAGCGCUAUCACGUUCAGUUUGUGGAAUUCGGAAACGAAGCGUGAUUAUUACCUUACCGGGUAGUCCCAAGGGAAGCAAGGAAAAUCUGGAGGCAGUUUUACCUGUACUUGCUCACGCCGUUGAGCUUGCAAAAGGAGACGUUGAGGGUGCGGAUGAGACGCAUCGAAAGAUGGGUGAGGCGAAAGGACCAUCACACAAGCAUCGUCAUCACCACCACUGUCACCAUCAUCAUCACUCUCAUCACCGUGAUCAUGAUGGACAAAAACAUGGAACAGCGGAAGUGGUACAGCUCGUCGACGGAGGGAUUACCGUCCCAGUUGCAAUGCGUCCGCGGAAAUCUCUGUAUCCUCUCGUAUCUUAUGAGGCAGCUCUUUCGACAGUCAUGGCCCAUGCAGAUACCUUGUUGCCAGCUCACAUGUCUAUAGACAAUCCGCGAGAAUUAGUAGGAUCGGUUUUGGCGGAAGAUGUUGCUGCUCAGGAGGCCGUGCCGGGCUAUCGAGCAUCGAUUGUUGACGGCUACGCUGUAGUGGCGUCGGAUGGACCAGGAGAGUACCCGGUUAUUGCUGGAUCUAUUGCAGGUGGAGGAGCCCGUAUCAAUUUGCAGAAAGGGCAAAUUGCAAGGGUAGCAACUGGUGCACCUGUCCCAGCUGGCGCUAAUGCCGUUGUCAUGGUGGAGAACACCUCCUUGAUUAAAGCCUCAGAUGAUGGUACCGUGGAAGAGAUUGUGCAGCUUCACGAAACGGCCGCCGAGGGCCAAAAUAUUCGAGAGAUUGGCUCCGACAUUGCCAUUGGAGAAGAUAUAUUGCAAAAGGGCAGCCUGAUUACACCCUCUGAGAUUGGCGUUUUGGCGUCUGUCGGCGUAACGCAAGUUCUUGCAAUUCGGAAGCCUGUGGUGGGACUUUUGUCCACAGGAAACGAAGUGGUAGAAGCUAAGACUCCAGGUCCAAUUCCAUACGGGGUCAUCCGGGACUCUAAUCGUCCGACCCUCGCAGCGGCCGUGAAAGUCGCGGGGUUUGACUCGAUUGAUCUGGGGAUUGCGCCAGACAGUGCGGAGGAGCUAGCCAAAAUCAUCAGGAAAGGAUUGGAUCAAGCGGAUGUACUAGUGACAACCGGCGGAGUAUCCAUGGGAGAACUGGAUUUAUUAAAGCCGGUUCUCGAACGGGCAUUGGGUGCGACAAUACAUUUUGGAAGAGUUCUGUUGAAACCAGGGAAGCCGACUACAUUUGCCACGAUUCCCGGGACUGAUGGUGGUCGAAGAAAGCUAAUCUUUGCUCUGCCUGGCAAUCCCGUUUCGGCCAGUGUCACCUUUUAUCUCUUUGUGCUUCCUGCUUUGAGGAAGAUGGCGGGGUACUCAGAUCCUAUUCUCCCCGUAGUGCGUGCAGAGCUCGCAGAUACAAUCCAGCUCGAUCCAUCGCGGCCUGAAUUCCAUCGCGCUCACAUUGCCAUCGCCCCAUCUUCGGGACAUCAGGGAACGCGCCUUGUUGCCUAUAGUACAGGAUCGCAGCGAAGCAGUCGAAUGGUAAGUAUGAGGGGCGCAAAUGCGCUUUUGAAGAUGCCUGCGGGCACACAAGGGAGAAUGGAGGUAGCGCAAGGGGAAGUGGUCGAUGCUGUUCUGAUCGGACAGUUGGGUUGACGUUGUUUAUAGAGGUAAAUAGGAAUUAGGCAGUGAGCAUGUUGAAAGUAUUACAUAUAUUAUAUGUCAAAUAAGC